AUGGCGGAAAUUCUGUCAGAAGAGCAAACGCAUACCACACCCGGGAUAUACGCUUUCCUGGGCCUGGCGACGCUACCGAGAUUUCAAACACAAGCCAAUCCGCUGCGCCUCCUGCCGCGCGAGAUUAUUGACCGCAUCGCGCGAUUCGCGCACCGUGAUACUUAUCUCGCCUACUGGGCCAUGACAGGACCUGUAGAGGACGCCCCGACGGAGAUGGACAUCAGUAGACUUGUCGACGAGGCCGACACUUGCCAGGGCUCUACAGCGAGCUCGGCGAGACUACACAUGGCCCGACCUCUACGUUCGGGCGUGCACUACGUCGAAGUCACGACAACGAGCGCGGGCUAUGGCACGCGCCUCAUGUUUGACGGGAUGGGGCCGUGGGGGUACAAUUUCGGGAUCCAGCUCGACUGCGACAUUAGGGCUGAGGAAGGCUCGAGAUGUGCGUGCUUCAUACAUUCAUAUGAAGAGUCCGGCGACUGCUUGCAGGUCAAAUCAUUCGGUGCCAACAGUUGGACGUGGAACAAGGAUCCGGUAGUGUUUGGCGUCCUUGUCGAUAUGGUCAGAGGCUGCGUGACGUAUCGUCUGAAUGGGUUAGAUGGACCGUGCAUGAAAUUUCCUGACUAUGUACGGAAGGCCCGGAUCUCGGUCGAUCGCCUUCCCGUAGCGGGCGACCGAGUCGUGCCUCUCGUCCUCUCGUGCGCGACUCCUCCAAUCCCAUCCUCUCUCCGUGCCGCGGCGGCGAAUCCAUUGACCGCGAAAGAGCACAUCGCCGCGGGUACGUUGGAGGACGUUAGCGACGAGAUUGACUUAGAUUACCACGACAACGUAGACGGCGUCGACAACGUCAAUGACUAUUAA